AAUGUACUCAGAGCAGAAGAAUCAAAACCUUGUAGUGACAGAAUGCAGCUGUCUGAGUUACACAGGAGUGCAGUGGAUCAGGCCUUAGAGAGUAAGAAUGGACACCUGGACCUUUUCCUCCGAUUCCUUCUUGGCCUCUCUCUCAACUCUAUUCAGACUCACUUGGGGAAAAAAACAAACUCCAUUGUCAAUUUAUUUCAAAGACUACGGACACAGACAAAAAGCAGAUCAGAGAACAUUGGGAAAACUGUCCGGUACAUUAAAAUGAAGAUCAGAGAGGAGUCCUCAGCAGAGAGGACCAUCAAUCUGUUCCAUUGUCUCAAUGAAUUGAAUGACAACACUCUAGUGGAGGAAAUCCAGAAUUCCCUGAGAUCAGGAACACUUUCAGAUAAAGAGCUGGAACCAGACGAAUGUUCAGCUCUGGCCUUUGUGUUACUGAUGUCAGAGGAGGUCCUGGAUGAAUUUGACUUGAAAACCUACAACACAUCAGCAGCAGGUCAUCAGAGACUGCUACCAGUAGUCAGGAGCUGUAGGAAGGCCAUGUGAGUAUUAUGUCAAUAAUAAUGUAGACGCUUGACCGCAUAUUUUCCCACUUUCUAUAUAUAGUGAGAAUAAAGUGCAAUAAAAUUGCUGGGCCAGUGAAAAUUUGGUUUUAAAAAAAAUAAAAAAUUUAAUUAAUCAAGAUGUUUUAACUAGUGCCCUCAUUUGAUGUUUUUAACCCAGAACAUAAGCAGUAUUAAAUGCAAAACCUUUUCACGUUUAUUUACUAAUUUAGUAAAGUUACUAAUUAUUUGCAAAAAUAGCCAUUGUGAGAAAACAUAAGGAAUUCAUUCACUGAUAGGCAGAGUAAUCUGAUAGAUCAACCGUUGUCAAAACAUACAUACUCAAAUAGGUUUAAUCCAUCCAUUAUCUGUACUCGCUUAUCCUGGACAGGGUCUCAGUGGGUGCUGGAGCCUAUCCCAGCAUGCAUUGCGUGAGAGGCAGGAAUACGCCCUGGACAGGCCGCCAGUCUAUCGCAGGGCACACACACCAUUCACUCACACACGUAUGCAAUACAUACUUGGGCGCAAGUGAA